GUAUGCUGACGAUAUUGGUGAUCGCAAACUGACCGGACCAAUACGAAAAAUCUACAGGAAAGAUCUGAAUCCAAACUACGUGGCAUACUAUGAAUUUGAAUUUGAAGAUUGGUCUAUUACGUUCUCUGCUGGACCGAGGACAGGAGAUCAUAGGUUGGUAGAAGAAGGACAAGUUCCGAGAACCACGGAUAUGUUGAUUGACCAUGCUGCUAAUAUGAACAAAAUUUGUGACAAGUUUUUUCGUCUGAAUGCUGAUGGUACAACAAUUUGUGAAGACGAUGCAGGAGAAGCUGUUGCUUCAACAAUGGAUUUAAAAACACUAACAACAGUAAGUUUUCAAAAAGGUUCUGCCCAUAACUUUUGAAAUAUACUGUACGUCCUUAAAUUUUUUUCCCAGUCUUUUUGGGUUAACUAAAAUUUUGAGGAGUAUGGUUGCACAGAACCAUACACUUAGCUUCUUUACAUAUUGUCAACGAAAAGUAUAUUUAAAAGUUUAGAUUAGUGUCGGAUUAAGAUUAGAUAAGGUUUAGAUUAACAUUACAUUAGGAUUAGGGGUUAGAGAAGGGGUUAGAUUAGGGUUAGGUUCAUUGAUGCAAUAAGUUAUUGCAUACAAUCGGUUUAUAAUUACAUACAAUAGAUUAUUGUUCUUUGUAUGUUUGCAUGGUGAUAAAGAAUAAUAGUUUUGUUUGUGGAAACACCACGUAAAUUUAUUACUGCAAUAAAUUAAAUAUUAAUUAUUUAUUGCAGUAAUAAAUUUACGUGGUGUUUCCACAAACAAAACUAUUAAUAGAUUAUUGGUUGCAACGUGCGGAACGGCUGUCACGCCUUACAUCGUCGUAUUUGACCAUAGCCUAUCGAAGGGGAGAUGGCUGUCAAACUCAUUAGAAUAACAAUAUAACUCAUUAUCUAUGUUAGUCAACGUUUAUUCAUAAAUCUGGUCCUUCACCGUCACGUGUGUAUUGUAUUUUUACCCAACUAACCAAUUGCAAAGUUUUAGGAAAAUCACCUAUCCGUGACUCGAAUAAUAGAGAAACUGGAAAUUGCUACUGGUGGAUUUGGCAAAAGGUGAAAGGACCAGAUGUAUGAAUGAACGUUAACAUAGAUAAUGAGUUAUAUUGUUAUUCUAAUGAGUUUCACAGCCAUCUCCCCUUCGAUAGGCUAUGAUUUGACGCAGCGGGUGAUUUCAAUUAUAUCACAUGGGGUGAUUUGAUCAUGUCACCCGGGUGAUAUGAUUCGCGUAAACCACGCGCAGCGAUCACGCAAACAAGAUGGCUGACAAGAUAUACUAAGGAGUGAUAAAUAUCAUGAAUUAAUAAGUUUUUAAACUCUUUUUUUUAAAUUUUGAAGCAAGUUGAAAAAUGUUAUCAUCAAUAAUUACGGGAAGUUGUCGGUAACCACUGAGUAUUUCAAUAAAAUAUAAAACAACGGUAACUCCGAAAAUAAACAUUUUAAUCGUUCUAGCUUUCGACUAAAGGCUGAUUUCCACUGUUGCGUUUUUCGUACGCACGUACACGCACGUAAAACUUUGAGUCCUUCUAUUUUUUAAAUAUUUUACAAAUAAAUUAACAAAUGCAUACUAAAACUUGUGGAACACUAAAUUCUGUUGCUUUAUUUAUUUGGUAAUUUCAUAAGUAACAUUUAAACGGAUUUAAAGUUUUACGUGCGUAUACGUACCUAUGAAAAACGCAACAUUGGAAAUCAGCCUUAAGAUUCAGUCAUCAUCCUGAUGAUGACUGAAUCUUAGUCGAAAGCCAGAACGAUUAAAAUGUUUAUUUUCCGAGUCGGUAACUAUAUUUUAUCAUCAAUAUUCCAAACGAUAUGUGAUUCGAAAGAAAUUAAAGUGAGUCAGAGAAAUACUUGCGUUAAUAAAAAAUAAACAUAUUCACGAAGGUAUGUUGCAAGUUUUAUAUUUUCAAAAUUGAAGCUUUUACUUUCCGGGAUAAUAUAUCAUUUAUAUAGACCGUCCUCCGCCUGGGAGAUUCGGCCAAAUAUUACUCUCGGUGAUAAACAUCACUGAGGGUAAUAUUUCGCAGAAUUUCCCUUUCUCCUGGUAUAUAAAUGAAAGCUGUCUUAUCUUCACUCUUUUUCUUUAAAUAUGACAUUCGUAACAAACUUAACCACGGUAUCAACGAAAUGGUGACUAAUCUAUAGUACGAAUGCUUGUUUGGCCUUAUAAAGUUGAACUUUUUUAUAGAAACUCCUUUCAGUUUUGAUCACCUCGAUCAAGUGGAAAAUUUCAAAACAAGAUUACCUACCCCACGCUCGCUUGUGUUACAGACUGUAUUACGCUUGUAAUACCGUAGCAGCGCUCUCUAGAACUGCAUGGCUAAUUGAUUUUGAUUGGUUAUACAGUAAAAUAACACCUACAGUAACAUAACUUACCGUGGGGAUGGUGCCAUUUUUUCUUUGGUAUUUUGAGAUGAGAACGGAGUUCGAAGGUGUAACCGAGAAUAUCUCUUGCCAACUACUGUGGUGAUGAAAUUGUGCUAAAAUUUGGAUCAGCUGCUGUUAUUUAUUAUUGUGUGUACUAAAUUAAAUAUAAGUAACUGAAAACCAGCUAGCAUCAUUUGAUAAACAGUGGUAAUGUUAAUUUAUUUAAUACCUUUCUUUUUUGUUUUUUCCAAAUUACGUAGCACGUCAACAUUACGACGUUACCUCAAGAUAUUGGCGAGAGCUUAAAGGACUUCAAAGAAGAAUGGGGAAAUCUUGCCAAGGAAAUUCGUUCUUCUAACGAAUGGAAAGAAAUGAGCAUUAACAGCUCAAAUAUACCUCCUAUAGUUCAUCAGAGAAAAACUAUAUACAAAGUAUUGACAUUCGGCGAAUCACAGGAUAUACCAAUUGGAACUUCAGAUGUAUCGAAAGUUGAAAUAAAAGCACAUUUGCAAAUUAAGUCUUCUCAUUCGAAAAAGACGUUAGCAACGUUAUGUCUUCUCAUUGGGAAUAUUUGUUCAGAAAGGGGUGAAGUUAAUGUUUCCAGCAUUCUGCGCAAGAAAAACAAUUUGGACAAUUUAAAUUACAUUAAAAUGGACGUGACUAAUGACUAUGAAUCUCUCAAGAGACAAAUUAAAACCAGAAAUAUCGACUUUUACAUAAAACUUAUUGUUGCUGGGAAGUUUGUUGUUAUCCGACGCUACACAAUCAUUUUAAGUCAUAAGCGGAACAAAAGAUCAAGCUGGAGUGGUUUCAAAGAAUACAGCAUUCCUUAUGAAUACCUUAUGCCCGAUUAUGAUCAACACGAGUGCUGUGGAGGUUGUCAGAGCGGUUGUUCGCCAGUUGCUUGGGCUCAGAUUUUUGCUUAUUACGACAGAGUAGCACAUACAUACGGAUAUAGAUACAGUACCAGUCACUGGCGUGGAAAAUAUGGUAAUUCUGGAUAUGCGUCAUACAAGGCACCAGGAUAUCUUAACUGGCAAGCGAAAAGAUACGUUGAAUCUCUGCGUGUUCCUCUUGGCACAUAUUGCCGUGGUGAGAUUGGAUCAACUCCGGUUAAAAAUUAUGUUAAUGUGGAAGAAUGGUUUCGUCAACGUCAAGGAUCAGGAAGAGUGAUCUCUUUAUCUUUGUCCAACAUCAAGCAACAAGUGAGCAACUAUGUCAAACAAAAUUAUCCGGUCCUAAAUUCUAUUUGGUACUACAGCAGCGACGGGUCGAAAGUGGGUCACGGAGUUGUGGUAACCAAGGUCAAAGAAAGAAAACGCCAGUAUAAAAGAUGUCGGACUGUUGGAUUGUGGAUGAAUAUAAGAACCAAAUGUGGCUGGAAUACAGAAUACGACUACGAAUGGUACCGCAGAAUGGGUUGGGGUGGAUCUCAAAACAAGUGGUAUCCUGCAUCCGCAAAAGGGGCAUAUGUUGCCGUCGUUUGAUUAAUUACCUGACAAUAUUUUUUUAUAAUGACGAUUUAUCAAAAAAAAGAUUUUGUAUAGAUGCAGUUGUCCGUGAUAGUCGAUCAUUAUUUGUAUUGCAGUUAAAUUGUAAGCAAAUAAUUAUUGAUAUAUCUUGGCAAUCUUUGGCGACACAAUGUAGUUUAACGUGGCACUCACUUCGUUGUAAAAAAUCUCUGUCGAGCGAUCUAAGAUUAAUAUUGUAAUCUCGAAAAGUAUACAUAAAUAAUCAACUUGAAUAGAUUAAAUAGAAC